UAAGGUCAUUUUGAAUUUGAUGGCUGCAACAUGUCUCAAAAAAGUUGGGACGGGGCAAGAAAAGGCUGGAAAAGUGAGUGCUAGUAAAAAGAAACAGCUGGAGAUUAUUUGGCAACAGGUCAGUAAGAUGACUGGGUAUAAAAAGAGGAUCUUAGAGAGGCGGAGUCUUUCAGAAAUAAAGAUGGGAUGGAAUCUAGAUUGAAGCAGAUGUUGCUCUAAAACCUGUAUAUACCUUUCAUCACUGAAGGUGCCUUUCCAGAUGUACAAGCUGUCCAUUCCAUAGGCACUAAUGCACCCUCAUACCAUCAGAGACGCAGGCUUUUGAAUUGAGCGUUGAUAAAAAGCGGAUGGCCAGAUAGCCAUCUUUAGUUUCGAAGACAUGCCGUUUGUUUUUUUUUCCAAAAAAAAUUUACAUUUUGAUUCGUCUGACCACAGAACAGUUUUCCACUUUGCCUCAGUCCAUUUUAAAUUAACUUGCACGUGUUCUACACAUUUUACUUUUGCAAAUAACACCAUUUUUGAUUACCAAACUAUUUUCUUACUUCUUACAUAAUUUCAGACAGUGUAACUCAGCACUGCUGUUGCACAACUAAUUGCACACAAUACUGAAACACAGUACAUGGCUAUACAAUUCUCUGUACAAAAGUAUACAAAAGAGGAGAAAGUUAAUCUUCAGCAUCAGAGCAGCGUGACGAAAGAACUAUGGAUGAGAUUAAAACUAUGUAAGGGCAUUUAAUGUAUAAAUGAAUUAAUUAAUUGUUAAUUUAUUCAGUAGUCGGCUUUAAUUUGGUCUGCGUGUGGACCAGCAGUGGUCCCGACCGACUAAUAUGAUCCAGUGGCCCGGUACCUGCUUGCUGUCUGGGGCUAUAUUAGCAAAACAGCUUUCUGUUGUUAUGGUGAUUAGGAGCGCUAAUACAAUGUUCCAAUAGGUGUCGCUGUGAGCGUCUACGUCGCGUUCCGCCACACAUUCACAGAAAUAGAAGAAGACGUGCGGCAGUUUUGCUGAUUGAUGAACUGAGCUCUCCGACUCUACUAAUCAUCUUUACAUUCAAAUAUUUCUGACAGGGUUUUACCUCCACAGUUCCAUCUGAUCCGUUGUGGGUGUAUUUGAAGAGGUUAACUGCGUUCUGCUGUAAAGAUCAAGAUAUGAGUAGUGCCCUGUCUUCUCGUGUGGUCUUCUUUCCUACGUCCCUCUGUGGGAAUAUCAAAAGAUUCAACUAGGAUGAAGUCAGAAGAGAUUAAAUGUGAGAAUCUGGACCCCACAGACAGCUGCAGUAUUAGCCAAAGUUCAUCUGGUAUUUUACACACCAACACUUCUUACAGAAAAAAAGAAACUCACUGCUGCUUACAGUGUGGGAAGAGCUUCAGUCAAAAGUCUCAUCUCAGACAACACCAGCGGCUCCAUACAGGAGAGAAGCCGUAUCUCUGCUCGCAGUGUGGGAAGAGUUUCAGUCAAAACAGUAGUCUCAAAGAACACCAGCGGAUCCACACGGGAGAGAAGCCAUAUCGGUGCUCGCAGUGUGAGAAGAAUUUUAGUAGCCAGAGUAAUCUUCAGCGACACCAGCGCGUUCACUCGGGAGAGAAGCCGUAUCUGUGUUCGCAAUGCGGGAUUAGUUUUACACAAAGUAACGCUCUCCAAAAACAUCAGCGCAUUCACACAGGAGAUAAACCGUAUCGCUGUUUAGAAUGUGGGAAAAGUUUUAAUCGCGGGGACACUCUCCAACAUCACCUGCGCAGUCACACAGGAGAGAAGCCGUAUCACUGCUCACGCUGUGGGAAGAGUUUUACUAAGCAAAAUAGUCUCCAUGUACACCAGCGGAUUCACACUGGGGAGAAGCCUUAUUACUGUUUACAGUGUGGGAAGACUUUUAACAACCAGAGCAGUCUCCGACAACACCAACGAAUUCACACUGGAGAGAAGCCGUAUUACUGUACAGAGUGUGGAAAGCAUUUUACUAGCCAGAGUAAUCUCCUGCGACACCAGCGUGUUCACACAGGACAAAAACCGUACCACUGCUCAAAGUGUGUUAAGAGUUUCAGUCAGAACGGGAAUCUUAAAAAACACCAACGAGUGCGGAAAAAAAAUCACCACUGCUCAGUGUGUGGAAAGAGUUUCGAUCGAGAGAGUUUUCUCAGAAUGCAUCAGCGGAUUCACACCGGAGAGAAACCGUAUCACUGCUCACAAUGUGGGAAGAGUUUCAGUCAAAAGAGUCAUGUCAAACAACACCAGCGCAUUCACACAGGAGAGAAGCCAUAUCGAUGCUCGGAGUGUGGGAAGACGUUUACCUGCCAGAGAAACCUCCAGCGACACCAGCGCAUACACAGCGGGGAGAAACCUUUUCAGUGCUCAGAGUGUGGAAAAACGUUUACAUACCAGGAUCACCUCCAGCGACACCAGCGCAUACACACAGGAGAAAAGCCGCAUCAGUGCCCACAUUGUGGGAAGAGCUUUAGUGAGACGUUUCUUCUCAUAAAUCACCUCCGAGUUCAUACAGGAGAGAAACCAUAUCAGUGCUCAGAGUGUGGGAAGAGUUUUACACAAAAGUCUAGUCUGAAAGGACAUCAACGCAUUCACACUGGAGAGAAACCAUAUAACUGCUCACAGUGUGCAAAGAAUUUUACUACCUCGCAUAGUCUCCGAAAACACCAACGCAUUCACACUGGAGAUAAACCGUAUUACUGCUCACAGUGUGCAAAGAAUUUUACCACCCUGCGUAGUCUCCGAAAACACCAGCACGUUCACACAGGAGAGAAAACCAGACUGCUCGUAGAGUGGGAAGAGUUGUAGGACACGAGGAAAUUUACAUCAACAAAAUGACAUUUACUCAGCUGAGAAUGGGGACAUUAUUGAAAUUUUCAUUAGAAAAUGUGGAAAUGAACUCGUUUUAUUCCAAAUGUUUAUUUUGAGUCAAAUGGGAUCAUUUAACUCCUUCUGUUGGAAUGUUUUUAUAUUCUUUGCUAUGUACUUGAGGGGGCAGUGGUGUUUAUCACUAUGAAACUAUGAAUUUUAGAGUGUGUGGAAAGUAAAAGGUAGGCCUGUGUGAUAUUGCAUUUUUAUUGUCAUUACAUCACAUUACACUGCAUUAGUAUGCAGUGAAAUUUAUUUAGUCAAUUAUAUUACCCUGUCUGAUAACCUUUUAUUAUUACUGCAUUCCCAAAUUGGCUAUAACAAGAUAUUACUUCUUAUGUUGGCAGUAUGGUCAAAUAAUUUGUGAAGAGUUGUUAUACCUUUGAACAGUCAUGUGAAAUUGUAUAUUUUGGUAAUUAAAAAAGGCCUGUGUGAAAUAUUUUUUGCUAUUUUCCAUGAUUAGGAUUCAAUCAUUUAAGAUCAGUUCCGUGUGAUUUUGCUAACUCAUGUUCUCAUGAUGUUUUUGGGUUUCUGUCCUUGAUUGUUUUUGUCUCUUUUGUCUUAUGUUUUCCUUAACUAGCUUUGGGUAUGUUGCUUGCAUGUACAUAUGAGUAUAAAAGCCAACUGUAUCCAACUUGCGUUUAGACUAAGAUUGAGACCACGAAACAAUGUAGUGCCCAGAGUGUCUCUGUGCACAUAAUAAACCCUCUCUUUGUCUAUA